UCGUCUUAUUGACAGAAGGGAGAAGCUCUAUCUUCUUUAAAACAAGGAAAAUUAAAGAAAAAUGUCAACUUCGUUCCCAGGACUCGUCCACGAUUCAGAGAUACGUCAUGACGGAUCAAACAGUUAUCGUUUGAUGCAACUUGGUUGUCUGGAGUCUGUGGCUAAUUCAACUGUCGCCUACUCCUCCACAUCCCCUUUAGCUUAUUCUACAACUGGUACAGAGUUUGCUUCCCCGUAUUUUUCCGCAAAUCACCAAUACACACCUCUCCACCACCAAUCGUUCCAUUAUGAAUUCCAGCACAGCCACCCAGCUGUAAACCCAGAUGCCUAUUCACUGAACUCUCUGCAUCAUUCUCAACAAUAUUACCAACAAAUCCAUCAUGGGGAGCCCACAGACUUUAUCAACCUGCACAAUGCCAGGGCACUCAAGUCUUCUUGUUUGGAUGACCAGAGGAGAGAUUUUGGUUGCCUCGAUGCCUACCGGCGGCAUGACUUGUCCCUUAUGAGUCAUGGAUCUCAAUAUGGGAUGCAUCCUGAUCAAAGGCUUCUGCCGGGAUCAAGUUUGGGUCUCUCAGCUACAGGAGGUGACGAAUUUCAGGGGUCAGUGGAGGCCCAGUGUGGGCUGGUUCUAAACAGUCAAUCUGGAGUGAUAAGAAGGGGUGGGACCUGUGUAGUGAACCCUACAGAUUUGUUCUGUUCUGUUCCUGGACGAUUAUCUCUCCUAAGUUCAACUUCUAAAUAUAAAGUCACCAUAGCUGAAGUGAAACGACGUCUCUCUCCACCCGAAUGCCUGAAUGCUUCUCUACUGGGAGGUAUAUUAAGAAGGGCAAAAUCCAAAAAUGGUGGCCGCUGCUUGAGAGAGAAGUUGGAUAGACUUGGUUUAAAUUUACCUGCCGGGAGGAGAAAAGCUGCAAAUGUAACACUUUUGACAUCCCUGGUAGAAGGAGAGGCAUUGCACUUGGCAAGAGAUUUCGGCUACACAUGUGAAACAGAAUUCCCAGCAAAAGCUGUGGGAGAGCACUUGGCAAGACAACACAUGGAGCAGAAAGAACAGACGGCAAGGAAAAAGAUGAUCCUCGCUACAAAACAAAUUUGUAAAGAGUUUCAAGACCUUCUCAGCCAAGACCGAUCUCCGCUGGGAUCUUCUAGACCAACUCCAAUUUUAGACCUUGACAUUCAGAGACAUUUAACACAUUUCAGUCUGAUCACCCACGGAUUUGGAACGCCAGCAAUCUGUGCUGCUUUAAGCACUUUCCAAACUGUUCUCAGUGAGAUGCUGAACUAUUUGGAAAAACACACAGCAAAUAAAUCCAGCGGAAUUUCAGAAGCUAACCAGGGUAAUUCCAAUUCAGAGAAAGGACCACUUCGGAAAACAUCAGAUGUAGUUGUGAAAGAUGCCAAAACAGAAAAAACAGACUAACUCCUUCGUGUUCACCAGAGAGAUUUGCUGCUGAUAUUUUUUUUAUAUAUAUCAUUAGGUUAAUAUAUUUACAAAGGAUUGAAUUUCACACCUUUGAAUUGCAUUGUAAAGUAUGUAAUAAUAUUUUUCACCUUUCUUUUAAUUCCC